AAAAAGUUCAGUCAUCGUCUGAACUCCAACUCUAUCAAUUUCUUAUAACCUCGGGCUUGAGGCGUACGAACAUCACGAUGGUUCUCGCGGAUGAAGAGCAGCCUUUGCUGAGGGUGAUAUCCAGAACCGCGGGCUCUGAAUACAGCGUAAAGCAUGACGAGGUCAUUCUCGACUUCGAGCCAUUGGACCCUGAGGACCCUAGGAAUUGGACGUCGUCGUUCAAGUGGUUCAUUGUGUUGCUCCUCGCACUCAUGGCGUUCACCGUCACGUUCACAUGCAUUGGGGUCGUUCCAGUAGCUAACAAAAUCGUCGAGGACCUCGAUGGAAAAGAAGCCAGCUCAUCGACUAGUGCCCUACUUGUCACCAUUUGGGAGCUCGGCGAAGCCGCCGGUCCUCUACUCAUUGCACCUCUUUCUGAAGUCUUUGGUCGCUACCCAGUCAUGAACGGUUGCAACAUCGCGUUCAUCUCUGCGUCUAUCCUUGCAGUCAGUAGUCAAAGCAGCAGUCUCUUCAUCACAGCGAGGAUGCUCACAGGCGUCGCUGUUGCAUCAAACGUCCUUAACCCGGCGAUUAUUGGCGACAUGUUCGAGUCUGACAAUCGAGGCUCGGCGAUGAGUCUCAUAAUGCUCGCGCCACUUAUUGGAGGCGCGAUUGGACCUGCGAUUAGUGGUGCAAUCGCGCAGACGAUGGGAUGGAGAGAGAUUCUGAUCAUUGCUAUUGGUCUGGCUGUGCUCUGUGAGGUACUGUUUCUCACGUGCUUUAGGGAGACGUAUAAGAUGAGGAUUUUGCGACUAAGAAUUGUGAGGCUGCAGGAGGAGAGUGGAGAGUUCCAGGAUUCGCCAAAGGGAAAGGGAAAGCAUGAGCAUGUGCUGAAGCUGUGGCAUUCGAUUACCCGACCCUUCGCUGUCCUAUUUGGAUCGAGCGUUCUCAUGCUCCUCUCGCUUUUCGGUUCAGCGGCUUUUAGCUUCUUCUACGUCAUAUCAGUUUCGCUACCGGGUAUUUUGCAGGACGUGUAUGGACUCACACCUGCACAGAUCGGCUCUGCGUUCAUGUCGUUUAGUGUUGGCUCUUUCCUCAGCGUCUUCGUCUGCCAUUUCUACCUCGAUAGUAUCUACAUCCGCCUCCGUGGUUCCCCGGACGCCAAAGGAACCCCUGAAUACCGUCUUCCGCUCUCCAUUAUUGGAGCGCUGAUGCUCCCUUUCUCCGUCACGGCCUACGGCUGGAUAGCACAGGCCCAGCUCCCUGUGCCCCUACUUCUCGCGUCUGUUGCCCUCCUCGGCUUCUCGCUCCUUCUUACGACAAUACCUUUGUCUGCGUACGUUGUCGACGCUUGUGGCAUAUACUCUGCAUCUGCCAUGACUGGAGUAAUUGUUACAAGAUGUCUUAUGGGCACGUUCCUGCCACUGACUACUGGGCCCUUGGCCGAGCAUCUUGGCUACGGCUGGGGUUUUAGCUGUUUAGGAGCGAUGAGUCUGUGUCUCGCGAUCAUUCCUAUUCUGCUUUUGAGAUAUGGUGAGCAGUGGCGGCAGUGUUCGGAGUUCACGCGGGACACGUGAACAAUAUUCAAUCAUAACUCUAAGAGGAUUUUCAAAGCGCCUAUGCCCUAGUUGAGCUAUCGCUGGUUCUGUAAAAGUACUUUAAAUGCGGAAAUAUUUGUAAUUAUAUUAAUUUUUUUAGGAUAAGUUAAAAUAGUUGCUAAUUAUAGUUUUAAACUUUAUU